ACCUCCAAUCAACCAACGAAGAAGAAAAACGGAAGUUGUCACGGGGAAACCGCUAAGCGCCAAAUUUGUUAAGGUUUUCUGGUUCUGAACCGAUGGAGUUCUAAUAAAAGGAACGGGUGGAGUACACAUUCGUGUAGUUUGGACUUUAGUUCGACUUAACCGAGCUCUUUAAGCUGUUUGGACCGAGCAGCGCUUUCGGAAGCAGCUGUUCUCCACUUUCAGCUCGUGCGUUGGACCUCCUGGUUCUGUGCUCCGCAGCAUGGCGGUUCCUUUCGUGCAGGACUGGGACGUGGUCCAGACGCUGGGAGAAGGAGCUUACGGAGAAGUGAGACUGCUGGUGAACAGGCAGACGGAGGAGGCGGUGGCGGUAAAGGUGAUCGACACGUCGCAGGCAGAGGAGUGUGCAGAAAACGUCAAAAAGGAGAUCUGCAUCCAUAAGAUUCUCAAUCACUCCAACAUUGUAAGGUUCUUCGGUCAUCGGAGGGAGGGAACGACCGUCUAUCUCUUCCUGGAAUACUGCACUGGAGGGGAGCUGUUUGACCGCAUUGAACCUGAUGUGGGGAUGCCAGAAAGAGACGCUCAUCGGUUUUUCCUGCAGCUCAUCGCCGCUGUGGAAUACCUCCACAAACUCGGCAUCACCCACAGAGACAUAAAGCCUGAGAACAUCCUGCUGGAUGAGAAAGACAACCUGAAGCUGACAGACUUUGGGCUGGCCACCAUGUUUCGCUUCAAAGGACGCGAGCGGCGUCUGAAUCGACUCUGUGGAACUCUGCCUUAUGUUGCUCCGGAACUCCUGAGCCAGAGCGACUACCGCGCUCAGCCUGCAGACAUCUGGGCGUGUGGAAUAGUCCUCACUGCUAUGCUGGCUGGAGAGCUGCCGUGGGACCAACCCACUGAGAGCUGUCAGGAGUAUUCCGACUGGCUUCAGAGGAAAACUUAUCUACCUCCCUGGAAGAAAAUACAACCAGCCCCCCUUAGUUUGUUGUCCAAGUUACUGCUACCCAAUCCCAAUGCCCGGAUCACUGGAGAGGAGCUAAAGAAAGACCGCUGGUUUACACAAGGAUGUUUGAGUUCAGGCUGCAGCAAAGUUCUUCAAAACAACCGGGAUUUCAUGUUUCGCACCAACAGUGACGACAGGAUGCAGCUGUCAACCUCUCAGCCGGAUCUUGCAGCCGGCGGCGGCUGGGAAGCCAUGUUGGUGUUUGGGCAAAGCGAAGGUCAAGUCAGCUUCUCGCAGCCGACCAAGCCCGAGCACAUGCUGCUGGGCAGCCAGUUACUGGCCACGCCUGGAGCCAGUCAGUCACCGUGGCAGAAGUUAGUCCGCAGAAUGACCCGUUUCCUCACCACAGUGGAUGCUGAUGCAACUUUGUCUGCGCUGAAGGACGCCUGUGACGCUCUCGCACUGGGAUUCAAACUCACCUGCAGACAGGUGACUCUGACCACGCUGGAUAAACGCAACAAACCGCUAGUCUUUAAAGUCCUCCUUAUGCAUCUGAACCAGAGAGUGCUUCUGGACUUCAGGCUGUCUAAGGGUGACGGUUUGGAGUUCAAGCGCCUCUUUGUGAAGAUCAAGCAGAAGCUGGGCGACAUUGUCAACACUCAGAAGAUUUUACUGCCGAUGCUGUGAGCAGCUCCACAUGGACCACAGCGCCGUGGACGUUGCCGCCUUUCUAUGUACAUAUUUCUGUGUUGUUUGUGAAAGUUCGGCUGCCAUCGUUGAAAGUUCCUGUUUGAUAGUUCUUGUUUGGAAGUGAAGGAACUUGGUUACACAUGGACAGACCACUUGUGUUUAGACUGUUUUUAUUCCGUUACAUGAAUAUUAUGCCAUACUAAGAGAUGAAUAAAUGACUGACAGACCA